CUUGCGCAUUGGAUUCCUAGUUCGGCCGCGUUGGCAUGUUCAAAUCAACUUCGACGAUUGCCCGCGGCGUUGGCCGCCUCUCGAAUAUGGUGCUGACAAAAGGCAGCGGGUCGUUUGUGUGGAACAUGGAGGGUCAAAAGCUGCUGGACUUCACCAGUGGCAUCGCAGUCACGUCACUUGGUCACUGCCAUCCCCGCAUCGUGGAGGCAGUUCAGAAACAAGCGGCGGAAUUGGUGCAUGGGCAGACGUCCGUGGCGUACCACGAACCAAUGCUAAAGUACGCCUCGGCCUUGCUCCCCUUGCUCCCUCGGCGUAUGGAUUCGUUGUGCUUCUUCACGACUGGGGCAGAAGCAGUCGAAAAUGCUGUCAAGUUGGCUCGACAUGCGACGGAAAAGCCGAAUGUGAUCGUGUUCCAAGGGGGUUUCCACGGCCGAAGUGUUGGAGCCAUGUCCCUCACCAGCAGCAAAACGAUCUACAAAGCUGGCUUUGGCCCCCUUAUGAGUGGCGUGUUUGUCAUGCCGUACCCUUACACCCUUCACAGCCCCUUCUCGGAUCCAGCCGAAUGCAGCGCGUGGUGUUUGGAGCAGGUGGAACUAGCUCUCAAGCAACAAACCGCACCGUCAGAAACAGCAGCGAUGCUGAUUGAACCAAUAUUGGGGGAAGGGGGGUACGUGGCGCCGCCCCCUGGCUUUCUCCAAGGGCUGAGUUCGCUCUGCUAUGAGCAUGACAUCCUCUUGAUCGCAGACGAAGUGCAAUGUGGAUUUGGCCGAACGGGGUCCAUGUUUGCCAUCGAUGGACAGUACGAUGUGGUUCCAGAUAUUUUGGUGAUGGCCAAAGGCAUUGCGAACGGAUAUCCUUUGAGUGUCAUUGCAAGCCGCAACGAGUUGACCGAUCUCCAGGUCCCCAAAUAUAUAUUAUCCCAUAUAUACUACUAUAUCGCACUAUUUAACGACACACUAUUUAUGUUGUAGCCACCGGGGUCGAUGGGGGGCACGUAUGCAGGAAAUGCUGUGAGUUGCGCUGCUGCGCUAGCCACAUUGGUUGGUCAAAGCACGUGAGCCACCCUUGGUAGUAACCACGACCACCGUAGGAUGCUUUUGAAGAAGAAAACACCCUCAUCAACGCGAGCGUCCGUGGAGCCCAAUUGGUGGCUGGGUUAACGAAGUUGCAAGAUUUGUUUCCGAUCUUGGUUAGCUAAUCUCACCAUUCUCGUCGACUGUGGCGACGUCUCAAAGGGGUGGUGAAUGUGCAGGAUGUCCGCGGCGUGGGGCUGAUGGUCGCCGUGGAGUUUGACAAGUCGGUGCCCCCUGGCACGGUGUCGCGUAUUUGUCAAGCGUGCGUCGAGUACGGCAUGCUGUUGCUCCCGACGAGGUAACCGCUCGACUUCGUCGACGAUUCAUGCUCAAUCUCGAUUUGUAGUGUGUUCGAAACCGUUCGUUUCAUCCCACCCCUGAAUGUCUCGGAAGGUGAAAUCGACCUGGGGAUUGCCAUCUUUGCGAAAGCCAUGUCGCAAGUCCUGGCCCCGUCGACCCCCCAGUAGUGUGAUUACUGUGGUUAAGAAGGCCAUUGAUGAAACCGAUAUGCUCUUUCGGGACCACGUGGGUCAACCGCUUGAAACCGUUGGUUGUCUUGUGAAUGUAACUCCGUAGUUCAAGCACCCAAGAUAUGAUAAUGCUUGUUCAUGC